CCAAGUCCUAAGUGACACCACCUUGGGUCCCUCUCCCUCUGUCUCUGUUCAGCUCCACCUCGAUGCUGCCUGUGCUGGGCCAUGCAAAGAGGGUUAGGGGAUAGAGAUGGGAGCUGGGGAGUGGGGCUCCACUCUGGGAGGUGGCAGCCUUGCUGGAUCCAGGGGAGAUAGUUGAGCAGCCCCAGCUCUGCUUUCCCGGAGCUGCCGGGAACCCCGGGAAUGGUGUGGAGAUUCCUGGGAGCCCUGCCCCCACCUGCAACCGCAGUGCAGCAGGCGCCAAGUUCUCCUGCACAUUGGGACAGUGUGACCCUGGCCUCUGGUGAGUGGCAGGUGGGGCCUUGGUACCUGCCAGCAGUGAGGGAGUUACCACAGCAGCUGGCUCCUCUAGGGAAGGAAAACUCCCCUCAGACGCUUUGCUGCCUGGCCUCCUGCCAGGAACAAGCAGGAGCUGAAAACUAGAAGUUGAGGCGUGAGUUUGGCCACUCCAUAGUGUGCACUUGGGGAGGACAGCAGCUCGCCACAGCUGCCAGCCGUCUGUCCAUUCACCCAUCUGUCCAUCUGGCAGCCCACUGUUCAGAACUGUCUGUCUGUGCCCUCAUUUUUAAGGCCAUCUCUGUCCCAUUGUCUGUCCGACCAUCCUCCUCUUACUGUUCUCUUUAUCUAGCUAUUUGGCCUGUCUGUUGAUCCAUUUUCGUGUCUGUCUUCGGUCCCCACCUGUUUGUCCAUCUGUCCAAUUACCCGUGAGUCUAUCUGUGUGUCUUCUUGUCCAUUCAUGUGCCCACCCAUCUGUCCCUCUGUCUGCCCACCAGCCUCCCCUCUCCUCCUGGGCCACAGAGCCAUGUCCUGGGACUGCAGGGCCUUGAUCAGCCUGGACCUCCUGGGGCUGGGGCUGGCACUGGCUGUCAUUGUGCUGGCUGCGGUCCUCUCUCGACACUAGGCCUGCUGUGGCCCCCAGGCCUUUGCGCACGCUGCUGUUGCUGCCGACUCCAAGGUCUGCUUGGAUAUUGGAUGAGCCAUCCUCCAGCAGCAGGGCUCACCCGUGGACGCCACCAUCGCGGCUCUCGUCUGCACCAGCGUUGUCAAUCCUCAGAGCAUGGGCCUGGGCGGAGGGGUCAUCUUCACCAUCUACAAUGUGACGACAGGGGCCCAGUGGAUCGGGGUGCCCGGGGAGCUCCGGGCUGCAGGCUCCUGUUCGCACAUGGAAGAUGCGGCUCUGAGAGGUGAGGAGUCACAGCCGGAGCAGCACCCAGUCAGAAGCCUGCUCCAUCCACAGUUUCUGCUGCCUCUGUCCUAUCUCUCCUUUGAAAGCUCAGGGGCUGACACGGACAUCUUCUCCAAGCCACUGUGGGCAGGUGUUGCCAGGGCAGUGUGGUGUUGGAUGACGCUGAAGCUGCUGCACAGCCUGAGGUCCCUGAGUAUGCCAAGCUCUAGGCCUGGGAGAAGAGGGGUUGGGGAGAGGCCUUUGAUCAGGCGUGUGGCCCCUGCUCUUCCUGAGCAGGUCGGGCAGCCGCAGCUGUUCCAGCCCACCAUCGCCCUGCUCCGAGGGGGGCAUGUGGUGGCCCCCGUCCUCAGCCAGUUCCUGCACAACGGCUUCCUGCGGCCUUCCUUGCAGGCGUCAACCCUGCGCCAGCUCUUCUUCAACGGGACAGAACCCCUGAGGCCUCAGGACCCACUCCCAUGGCCUGCGCUGGCCACCACCCUGGAGACCGUGGCCACAGAGGGUGCGGAGGUCUUCUACACGGGGAGGCUGGGCCAGAUGCUGGUGGAGGACAUUGCCAAGGAAGGGAGCCAGCUGACGCUGCAGGACCUGGCCAAGUUCCAGCCCGAGGUAGUGGACGCCCUGGAGGUGCCCCUGGGGGACUAUACCCUGUACUCACCACCGCCACCUGCAGGGGGUGCCAUUCUCAGCUUCAUCCUCAAUGUGCUAAGAGGGUUCAACUUCUCAGCAGAGUCUGUGGCCAGGCCUGAGGGGAGGGUGAACAUGUACCACCACCUUGUGGAGACGCUCAAGUUUGCCAGGGGGCAGAGGUGGAGGCUGGGGGACCCUCGCAGCCACCCGAAGCUCCAGAAUGCCUCCCGGGACCUGCUGGGGGAGACCCUGGCCCAGCUCAUCCGCCAACAGAUCGAUGGCCGGGGGGACCACCAGCUCAGCCACUACAGCUUGGCCGAGGCCUGGGGCCACGGGACAGGCACAUCCCAUGUGUCUGUGCUGGGGGAGGAUGGCAGUGCCGUGGCUGCCACCAGCACCAUCAACACACCCUUUGGAGCGAUGGUGUAUUCACCACGGACAGGCAUCAUCCUCAACAACGAGCUCCUGGACUUAUGCGAGCGAUGCCCCCGGGGUUCCGGCACCACCCCCUCACCUGUGAAUGGAGACAGGGUGGGUGGAGCUCCCGGAGGGUGCUGGCCCCCAGUUCCAGGCGAGCGGUCCCCGUCCUCCAUGGUGCCCUCCAUCCUGAUCAGCAAAGCCCAGGGGUCGAAGCUAGUGAUUGGCGGGGCUGGCGGGGAGCUCAUCAUCUCUGCCGUGGCCCAGGCCAUCAUGAACAAGCUGUGGCUUGGCUUUGACCUGAGAGCGGCCAUUGCAGCCCCCAUCCUGCAUGUCAACAGUAAGGGCCGUGUGGAGUACGAGCCCAGCUUCAGCCAGGAGGUACAGAGGGGACUCCAAGACCGUGGCCAGAACCAGACCCAGAGGCCCUUCUUCUUGAACGUGGUCCAGGCCGUGUCCCAGGAGGGGGCCUGUGUGUAUGCCGUCUCGGACCUGAGGAAGGGUGGGGAGGCCGCAGGCUACUGAGACACUGCUCUGCCCAGAGCUGAAGUCCGGCCCCACCAUGGGUCCUAUGUCCAGGCCGGACAUGGCUGGGGGACCAAGUACUCCGGCAGGAUCUGGACCCCUGGCAGGGGAGUCCAGCUGAGAGUGGAAGAGGUGGCAGGGACCAGCUGGGCAGAUGGGAGGCUGAGCCCCGUCCCUGACCCCCUUUCCCAGAGCUCCUGGUGGCCCUGAACGGGCCUCUCUAUCCCUCCUCAGGCCUCUUGCCUGGGGCCACUCUCCCACCCGCUCAACCUGUAUAUCCUCCAGUUCAAGAUUAAAGAAGAGGCGGACAGUGGCCUGA